CCCUGGCUUCCUGCAGCUCAGGCUGCAGGCCCUUAGUCCAAGCAGCUUCCAGGGAGCAGAGAGAGAUGGAGAAGCCUGCAGGCAGAAGAAAGAAGACACAGACCCCAAGGGAGGAGGCAGACGUACAGAAAGACACCGCCACAGAAGAGCGAGCCUCUGGGGGAAAGAAGCCAAACAAGAGGUCUGCGGUGGCCAGAAGACACAGUAAGGGGCCCAGCCUGAGUCCGGAAGAUGAAGCACACAUCUUUGACGCCUUCGAUGCUUCCUUUAAAGAUGACUUUGAGGGAGUUCCCGUGUUCAUUCCUUUUCAGAGGAAGAAACCUUAUGAAUGUAGUGAAUGUGGACGAAUCUUUAAGCACAAGACAGAUCACAUCCGCCAUCAGAGAGUGCACACCGGAGAGAAGCCCUUUAAGUGUGAUCAGUGUGGGAAGACCUUCCGGCAUAGUUCCGACGUCACUAAGCAUCAGAGAAUUCAUACUGGAGAGAAGCCCUUCAAAUGCGGGGAGUGCGGGAAAGCCUUUAACUGCGGCUCCAAUCUCCUGAAACACCAGAAGACGCACACUGGAGAGAAGCCUUAUGAAUGUAAGGAAUGUGGGAAAGCCUUUGCCUACAGCUCCUGUCUCAUUCGCCAUCGGAAACGCCACCCACGGAAGAAGCCCUGAGCACAGGGAACCUGUGACUGGAGUCUGUGCCGCACACUCCUCCUCUUUCCGCAUCCAAUUGAGACGAGGUCUGGGGCCGUGUGCCCAGGAAAUCAACCUGUCAGAUAUGGGAACGCCAAGCCGGCAAGAGACCUUUCUCACUCCAGAUAAUCUCUUUGGAUCAAGACACCGGCUGGUGUGGAAACUCCUUGAGGCUCUGUGGAGCUACAGGCCAUUUUUAUGAACUACCUGAUGUCCUCGGAAUCAGCACCACGGAUAGACGAGCAUAACAGCUGCGGUCCAUGCUGCCCAAGAACACCCAGCAGGAGAUACCCCUGGCACUGUGGACCAGCAUCUCCUGCUGCCACCUCUGCCUGUGGCGUCCGCUCUGCUUGGGCCCUUUCAAGGCUCCAGUCUGCGGACUCUUCACCCUCUAGGUCCCCAAGCUAGACAGGAAUGCUCUACAGUGAGCUCUGGGGAACCAGGUGUCCAUUGGGCUGCACCAGAUCCCCCUGGUCUCU